CCUCAGCUUUUAAUUGAAGCUCGGACUUGGACUUGGAGUUGCAGCAAUGGAGGGCGUCGCUAUUGCUGUUGUCCUAAGCUCUGCCAAGCCUCCGCAACGCCCAAUUUGUUUCGCCCAAACUGUGAACUCUGCAGUCUCACCACCGUUUCCGCGCGCAACCUUGAGGUGUUUUCAAGCAUCGAACCACUCGUCUCUGAGCUGCCUCUUCUGUAAAUUUUCUCCUCAGACACCGUCGGCUUUGCAGCUUUCAUCUACAAACGGCGGCUGCAGCAGGGUUCUGUUUGCUACACCUGAGGUAGAAGUAAGCACAGAAACAAGCGAGUGGGUAAUGCAAGAUUUCUAUACCUUAAGAAAAGAAGUAGAGACUUCUUCAGAGCGUGUCGAAGAGAUUAGGACUGCUGCUGGACUUCAAAUGCUUGAAGACAAUCUUGCAGAGUUGGAGAAAGCUGCAGCUGAUGCCUCUUUAUGGGAUGAUCGUGUCACAGCUCAGCAGACAUUGCAAGCUUUAACCGAUGUCAAAGAGAAAAUAAAACUUUUAAAUGACUUCAAAGCUCAGGUUGAAGAGGCAGAAACUAUAAUCAAUCUUACAGAGGAGAUGGAGUCGAUUGAUACUGGGCUCCUCAAAGAAGCUGCUGCGAUCAUCAAACAAUUGACGAAGGCGUUGGAUAGAUUUGAGUUGACUCAACUUCUUUCUGGUCCUUAUGAUAAAGAAGGUGCUGUUAUCAGCAUCACAGCUGGUGCAGGGGGUACCGAUGCCCAGGAUUGGGCUGACAUGCUCCUCCGGAUGUAUGUAAGGUGGGGAGAGAAGCAAGGAUACAAGACAAAAGUCGUUGAGAAGUCCAUGGGAGAAGAAGCUGGGAUCAAGUCAGCUACUAUUGAAAUAGAUGGCCGGAAUGCCUACGGAUAUUUGUCUGGUGAAAAAGGGACCCACCGAAUCGUCCGGCAAUCCCCUUUCAACGCCAAAGGUCUUCGUCAGACCAGUUUCUCCGGGGUGGAAAUCAUGCCUCUUCUUCCCGAUGAAGGUUUGGAUGUCGAAAUACCUGAAGAAGACUUGGAGAUUAGCUUCUCCAGAGCCGGAGGAAAAGGCGGACAGAAUGUUAACAAAGUUGAAACUGCAGUACGUAUAACUCACAUACCGACAGGCGUGACAGUACGCUGCACAGAAGCGAGGACCCAGCUGGCAAACAAAGUCAAAGCUAUGACCCGACUGAAAGCGAAGCUUCUAGUCAUAGCUGAGGAGCAACGGGCGUCUGAGAUCAAACAGAUUAAGGGAGAUGCUGUGAAAGCAGAAUGGGGUCAACAGAUACGCAACUACGUCUUCCAUCCGUACAAGUUAGUGAAAGAUGUCCGAACAGGUCAUGAGACAUCCGACAUUGCUUCCGUCAUGGAUGGCGACUUGGAUCCCUUCAUUAAGUCUUACCUCAAACACAAGACGCAGAUAUAUAGCAGAUCGCAGAAGACAUGAGUUCAAUCGUCGACAAAAUCAAGACUCAAGACAAAAUCAAAAUUAGAAAAAGGAGCUAGAAAAUAUAGAAAAAAUUUCAGAAUUGGGAGACCUCCGGGUACAUUGAAUAUACCCGGAAAAAUGCAGGUUGGUAGGCUAUAUUUAUGACAGAAGAAAAGUAGACUUUGAUAACAUGUUAGAAAUUUUGAAGGAAAAAUAACUGAGAUUGUAUUAUUGAUCAUCAAAAUAAAAGGGUUUAUA